AGAAUGUCCUCCCUGACAGCCCUCCUCGACCAGGCCGUGUCACGCCUGCUGCUCCGGCCCACGCUGUCGGACGUGACCCUCGACUCCAUCCGGGUGCUCCUCCUCUACGCGCAGUGGAUGCCCUACACAACCGACGACAACCACCCGCCCAAGAGCCGAUACAACGAGAUCAGUGCCUGGGCGGUGCUUGGCCUCGCCGUGCGCUACGCUCUCUUUCUGGGUCUCGACCAGUCUGCCCUACGCCCUUUCGCGCAGAGCUCGACCGACUCGAUCACGGCGGGCGAGAUCGCCCGGCUACGCGUCUGGUACAACCUGCUGACGUGCGACUUCAACCUCAUGCUGACUUCGGGUUUGCCUCCGUCCCUGGACCCGGCGGCCUCUGCGCAGCUCGCGCGGCGGUUCGGCGCCCAUCGUCUGGCGCAGCAGCCAGCCGAUCUCCGGGUGGCCGGGCUGGUCGAGCUCGUGGCGCUGGUGCACCGGGCGAUACGCCGCUGUGGGGAUGUCUCCGGACGCCAGCUGAAUUCGGACGGGCUGCGCAGACUCAAUCUGUCCCUGGAUGAGUGGGAAGCGACAUGGGCGGUGCGUCUGGCACAGACGAAGUCGCAACAUAACCAACUCCCAUUCACCUCCGUGAGGUGGUAUCGACUGGCCCUGAACAGCGCCGCGCUCGCCCCCCUCCUGUCCGCAUCCCGCACACCACCAGCCUCACUGCUUCCCUCGCUCGAGAUCAGCCUGACGGCCGCGGCGCAGAUGCUCCUGUCCCUGUCGGACAGCGGAGCCCACAGCGUCUGGCGACUGGACUCGCAAGACCGCCUAAGCUUCCCGGAAGAUGCCUUCCACGUGGACGCGGAGGCCGUGCAGCGCCUCCAGUAUGCCGUGGACUCGACGUGGAUCUCGCAUACCUUCGCCGUCACCUUCCUGGUACUCUGCUACACCCGGG